UGCGUCUGCCAACUUUUUCAACUCGGUUUGUCAGGCAGUCAGUCAGUCAGUCACAGCUGGACGUGCAGAGUAUACCGAUCGCACCAGUUGCAUAUUCCCGUUUUGGCGCUGUUUACAUUUCCUAGUGUUUUCUUUUUUUUCUUUUUAGAGAGUUGAGCCGCGCUAGAAAGUCCCAUCAUGUCGCACUCUGUCACGAUCCAAACGAGGACUGUCACAACCGGAAGUCCAUCGGUCAUCAAUACCACCUUCUGCAGAUCAUGGAGUGGCAUACUCAAACUCUGCCAAGUGAUUCUGGGCGUCAUCAGCGUGGGCUUGGUCGGUUACGUGAUCAGUCAUUAUCCAGGAGCUUACCUACCCGUGACCGAGACCCUCUUCUUCAUGCUCAUAGCGACGACAUUUAUGAUCGCUAGUUUCGUCCUCGUGCUCAGCUAUCUCUGCUCCUACACGACGGAAUCCAUCAUUUCAAAGACCAUUUUCGAACUGCUGUAUCACGCAUUCGCGUUUGCUCUUCUUCUUGCCGCAUCGGUGACUCUCUUGACGAAGGUCACAAGGGGUCGGUACCACCGGAGCGACAGCGAGCAAUUGGAAAUGGGUGCAGCCAUCUGUGGUUUGAUAAACACAGUACUGUACCUCAUAAGUACCUUAUUUGCAUUGCGUACUUCACGAGGUCUGUAAAUUUUGACCUUGUCGUAGAGAAACACGCAAAGCUACCUUCGAUGUAUCAGGCAAACAAAAAAAAAAACACGCUCACUGCUCAAUGGAGAGUGAUGGAUAUUUACGAACAACACGAUAAUCAAAUAUCGAAUACUUAUUAUUACGCUAUUAAAUCGCUGUAUGUCGAUGAAUUAAAGUUGUUACGAAUGUAUUAUUUUAUCUGUGGUGGCGCAUAUAUAAUGUAUUACGACAGGAGAAUGAGAAAUUUCCUGUAAACGAUUUUGUUGCAGCCUUUGGUUAUGACUUCAAUUUCAUGUACAUCCAUGACAAACUGUAAUUUCAAAUUGCGAACCGUAGUUGUUAAAUGUAAAAUUAGAUCGAUAUAUAUAUAUUUAUUAUAAAUAUUACAUUUAUAAUACUCCAUAUGUGCUGUUAUAAUAUGUAAGCUUUCAUCUCCCAAAUAAUGUAAUAGUCCACAAAAACUGCCUUACACUCAAACGUACUAUUGAAGUAUCACGUUGGUUAUUACUAUUAAUAAAAAUAAUUUAAAAAACUGGUAUGAAAUAUAAAAAAUUGUAUAAUGCAUUUGUUGUUGGCAUUCAAACAAUAUGCAUUUUAUUGUUAUAACUGACGCACCUUUCAUGUAGAUGUUCAAAACUUUGUGUACUUAAUUUCAACGUUUAGAACAGACUUGCGAGUUUCAUUGUAAUGUCUAAUUUGUGCUAUUCAAGAGUUAUAUGAAAAUCAUCUAAUGGCAAUGCUAAAUGAUAAUAUCUAUGUAACUGAUUUGAAAUAAUAAUUUUAAUAAACAAUUUUAUAUGUUUUUGUGUUUUCAUAACGGUGCAAAUACUUAAAAAUCCUAUAAAAAGUGACUUCGCUAUACUUUAAUUAAUUACGAAUUAGUUAAACUAAACUACUAAGGAAUAUAUCAAAUGUAAUUUUAUCAAGUUAUAAAAGAAAUGCAAUCAUUUGUCUUGUUUAUUGAAUUUAUACAAAUUUAAAUGAAUCACUAAUUUUUUUGAUCUUCACCUUAGCCGAAAAAAAUUUUCAAAACGCAUUGUCUGAUUUCUUGAUCACUUGUAGUUUUUGAUUAUUCAACACACUUCAUGUACCUGAAUAAAUCUGAUGCAAAAAAUUCAAUUAAUACUUAAAUAAUGGAAAUAAAUUAUAAAAA